AUGACUCCAAAGAAGGAUUGGUUUGACACGUAUAAGCCUUACAACGGUGGUAUGGUCCAAAUGGGUAAUGAUGCUACAUGCCCGAUUAUUGGGAUUGGUAUUGUGAAGAUCAAGAUGUUUGAUAGAGUUGUGAAAGUUCUUAGUAAUGUCAGAGAUGUUCCAGAUCUUAGAAAGAAUUUAAUUUCUUUAGGAGUAUUGGAUGAUUUGGGCUAUUCAUACUCAUCAAAGGGUGGAAUCAUGAAGAUUACUAAAGGUGCUUUGAUGGAAGAGUUGCAGUCACCACUCCAGUGGAGUUCUGCACUGAUGACACAAAAUUAUGGCAUAUGUGACUUGGUCAUAUUGGUGAACGUGAUGUUUGGGGACCAGUAUCAGUUUCUUCUCAUAGCGGUGCUCAAUACUUCGUCAGUUUCAUUGAUGACUAUUCUAGAAAGAUUUAAAAAGUGGAAAGCAAAGGUUGAGAAUCAGACUGGCAGGAAAAUAAAAUACCUUAGAACAGAUAAUGGAGUAGAGUAUAGAGAUAAAGAAUUUAUAAGAUUUUGUGAAUUAGAAGGAAUUACUCGUCACUUCUCAGUUAAAGGAACUCCACAGCAGAAUGGGGUUGCAGAGAGAAUGAACAGAACCUUAGCAGAAAGAGCCAGAUGCAUGAGAUUGAAUGCAGGGUUGCCUAAGGUGUUUUGGGCAGAGACAGUUAACACAGAAAGCUUCAUUAUUAAUAGAUCUCCAUCAUCAGCCAUUGAUUUCAAGAUUCUAGGAGAGAAUGAAUCAGAGACAUGUGAUGAUAGUCCACAGGAGAAAUUAACUGUUGAGGUGGAGUUUGAAGAGAAUAGUUCACCCAGUGAGAAGGGUGAUGUUGAGAUUGAUCCACAACAACAACAAGAAGAGUCUUAUUCAAUUGCUAAAGGUAGAGAGAAGCGGGUUCACAAAGCACCACAGAGAUAUGGCUUUGAAGACAUGGUUAGCUUUGCUCUCAUAACUAGCAGUGGAGAUCCAUUGUCUUACAGGGAUAUAGAAGAGAUGAGAUCACUACAGAAGAAUAAGACUUGGGAAUCCUCUAAUAUGUUGACAAAGUCAAUUCCAACAGAUAAGUUCAAGAGUUACUUGGACUUGGUUGAUGUUUGUAGCUUGUAA